GCUCUGUAUGGCGCAGGGGGCGCCGCGGCCGGCGGUGAGCAGCAAUACUCAUUGCGGUGGAAUGACUUCCACUCGUCUAUGGUGUCCUCAUUUAGGCGCCUGCGCGAUGAGGAGGACUUCGUUGACGUCACGUUAGCGUGCGCGGGCGCCACCUUUACCGCGCACAAGGUGGUGCUGUCGGCUUGCAGUCCUUACUUCAGGAGGCUACUAAAAGCGAAUCCUUGCCAACAUCCCAUCGUGAUACUACGUGAUGUUCAUGAUAAGGAUAUGGAAAGUCUGCUUAGAUUCAUGUACCAAGGGGAGGUGCACAUUGGUCAAGAGCAACUGAAAGAGUUCCUAAGAGCAGCUCAGCUGCUGCAAGUACGAGGGUUGACAGAUGUUCCGGCACCUGCGCCUAUGGCCACUUUGGAUCAAAAGGCUUCACCGUCCGCAUCUUCAUGGACUGAAACUGGAAGUGGGGGUUCCCGCGAAGGCCGAGAGGGACAACAGAGGGAAGGGAGGAGACCACGGAAGCCAGAUGACGGCGCUGCCAACACACCUCCGCCCAAACGAGCCAGGUCCUCCGACCUGUACCAGGCACAGUUGAAGUCCAGGACGGAACAGCUGCUGUCGGUACAGGGAGCGAGCCCGGAGCGCCUGGGCACUAACGGACACGAACUACUGUUCAGCCAAGCCAUGGACACCUCGCAGAACCAGCACUUAUCUGGAGUUUCUAACAAUCUGUCUGGUGAUGGCGAGGAGUCGUCAUCGGAUGCUGGUGCUAGCGACACAGAGGGCGAGACUCGCGCCAAACAGGAGCCUAUUGACUAUGACGACCCUGCUACCAUGGCCAACACCAACGGAACUCUGCCGCACAACUUCCCCGGACUACUGAAUCUACCAGGUUUCCCCGGCCUGCCCGGACCAUCAGGGAUACCCGACAAUUACGGAGGCUGUCGAAGGACACAGGACCUACUGCGCGUGAGAGCCACCGACCCCCGGCCGUGUCCCAAGUGCGGGAAGAUCUACCGGUCUGCGCACACGCUGAGGACGCAUCUCGAGGACAAACAUACCGUCUGUCCUGGAUAUCGUUGUGUUCUCUGCGGAACAGUGGCCAAGUCUCGCAACUCGCUGCACUCCCACAUGUCACGGCAGCACCGAGGCAUCUCCACCAAGGACCUGCCCGUGCUGCAGAUGCCCACCAGAUUCGAUCCUGAACUCGCCAGCCAAUUGUUAGCAAAAGCAGGUGUCAAGGUAUCACCAGAACAGCUGCGAGCUCGCGCUUCUCCCACCGGCCCCAGGCGCUCGGACAUCAAGCUGGACGCCAAGUCUGCCGCCUCAGAGAGCAGCUCCAUCUGCGGGGACAAUGACAACGACGACCUCAGCCAGUCCCGGUACCAGGACAGCAUACCGGUCUCGCCACCACAUAUAAACAACUUGGCAAACACCACCGUCACAAAAGUCCCGGCAGUGCGAGCAGUCACCGCUAAGACGGUGGAGAACCUACCACACGGCCUGACUGCCGGACUGAAACACGAUGACUACCCACCGGGAUACGGAGGCAGCUCAGCACUGCUCGAUACGUAUUUGCAGUACAUUGGAGAAAAUAUGUUUGGAAUGAACGCGAAACUGGCACAAAUGAACGCUAUGCACAUCGACAGGAAGUCAUAUGAGGAACCAUCGCCACAGAUGGGCUCUCUGCCACCUCCGCCGACGAACCUCGCACACCAGCGCUUUCUCAAACAGAUGCAGCGGCAAUACACUGAGAACAUGAGCAAGCCUGACAUCAUGCGCGACUCCGAUGAACCACUCGACCUUGGCAAGGAGAGGCAGAGGAACGACAGCAUAAGCGAGACUGAUACGGACAAACACGACAUGGCAGACAAGGACAAUGGGAAAGAUUACUACAAAGAUUAUAAUGAUGACGACCGGAGAGUGAACUCUGAGCAGGACGCCGACAACGGACAGGACGACGGCGACUACUCGGAGGACGAACACAACAAGAACUCAUGAAAUGAAGGCGUCUUAACUAUAAGUGUGUUGAAUUAGUCACGUAGACUACGUGUAACACAGAUAGGACAAUGUUUUGUUAAAAUUAUCAAAAGGUGCUUGAGUGUUAUGUUUUGUGGUCAUUAGCUUGAUUCGUUUUUGUAAUAACGGUUUUAAUUGUUGACCCGUGGAAUGUCGUUGGUGCCAUUUCCGAUAUUAAUGUAAAUUUUAAAGUUUUAGGGUUAAAUCGGUUGCAGCUAGGUUGAGUCUGGUUACUUUGCAUAGAAUCGCGAAUCUGUCCCGCUGGAGUAGUGAACAGAUCGGCAGAAUGAAUCUCUGCGUGUAGCACGCGUGCGGUUGUCUCGCGACUGCACUUUGGAUAUUACUUGUUAGUGAGACAUUAUUUUUAUACCCGAUGUGAUAACACAGCCAUAAUUCACUUUAGCAUUUACCUGACACAUUAGUUCAGAUCGACUCGCCGCAAGAUUGUGAGAUUGUUUUAGUAGUUAACGACUAGUGAGUAGUGUUUUUUGUAUUGUGUAUGUAAAGGUCCCGGUCACGUAGUAGGGCCUCUUACAUAGUAAUUCCAUCCAUCUACCUCAGCAUUUGGGCCAAUGCGGCAAACGUUAUAAAGUAAAAAAAUAAAUAUCCACACAAAUUGUGAAAUUCCAUCCAUCUACCUCACUUCAAUAGAUUUAUUUAAUAUUUUAUACAAUUUAUAGAUAUAAAUAACUGUUGUUUUAUGCAUUUUGCAGAUUGCAUUUAUAUAUAUACUAUAUAGAGUAUAUCGUAGGUAAAUAUAUGCAAGUCAUUAGGAGAUCGUUAGUGCUGCCCGUAGCAAGUCGUACGUUUACCGUUCUGUUAUAGAAGCGCACUCACUAGACAACGUUAGACUGUGUCACCACCGUAGCGAGAUAGCAUACACCUCAGGUAACAUGAGCACUAACUAUACGAUCCGAAUAUUGUAUACGAACAAAUAUAACAGAGCUUAAAAUCAUACUAUUAUUAAAGUAAAUAUACAUAUACGUGCGUAUACUGAAUCGCGGACGGCGAAGUUUUAACGCGAUAACAACACGAUGUAUAACGAUUAAAACAUUUAAGGAUGAAUUUAAAUUAUCGGCGUAGAUCGCAGCAGUUCUGGCAAGUCGGAGAGGGCUUAGGUUGGGCGUGUUGUCCUGCCUGCACGUUACCCUGUAUCAUGCACCUGAGACUGACUGCCAUCCGAGGGAUGAGCAGCUAUCGCGUUAUCAUCCUGCGUGCGAUUCGUCAAAAGUUCAAAUUUGACACGUAAACAAUAUAUUAUGAUAAGAGGAUAUUAUGCAUGUAUAUAAAUUGAGGUGAUAUGUAAAGUACAUAAAUAAAUAAAUAGUAACAAAAAGCAAUAAAUAAAGUAUACCUUGACGUUGCCUUCGAAUUUGUGUAAAUACGUGGGUAGUGAAUGGUUUGCGUUGGUAUUGUGGAAAUAUGAACCUUAUAGUGUACAAGUGAAGGUUUAUUUUGUAGUAAUGAUGUGGGCUCGUUACUUAAAUAACAAUUACUGUGAUUACAAUCUCAUGUUAGCCUUCAAUACUUAUACAUAUUUUUUAGAGUACAAUGUUAUAGUUAUUUAGUAUAUUAUAAGAUAUUCGUAAGCGAGUCACAAAAUUAUAUUUACUUCCCGCCCCCGAACGUUAGGAUUCACGUUAUUUAAGUAUUAGAGCAAUAGGUAAAAGCAUUUAAUCUUUUAUAUGAGAGAUAUUACAUUUAUGAAUUUAUUGAGAUAUCUCAGCGGCGCCGGCCCGCAGUCGUCACGUGACGCGGGCGUCGGCCGUCGCAAGGAAGUUCAUAGAUAUUAUUAUUAUAGGAGUAAGUUCUACGGGUUGAUUGAAAAUAUUUUUGUUUAGUGUGUUAGUGAGAAUUGAUGAUAAGUCAGUUUGGUUUGCGCAAAUAUAACCUUGUUGACAUUUAACAGUGUUGCCAUAGUGAGUAAUGAUUUUCGACUGUAUAUAAUAUAAGUUUUGUUUGUUUAGGAAAAUGAGUGCUUAAUAUUUGAUUAUUAUGGUAUAGAUGCAAGUAUCUUUUAUUUAGAUUACUCUGAUUACAUUCUACUCAUUAUAGUUCUUUUAGAUAAAUAGAAUUGAUGCACACUGUAUUUAACAUUAAACAAUAGUCAGUUACCAGAUUGUGAUUAAGGAAAGUAUAUAUUUUUUCAACACAAACCACUUAAAAUACAGAUAAUAAUAAGGUGGGUUUACAUUGUAUAUCUGGGGGCCUGCACAGCGAUAUGGUGGACAAGCUGACUACUACUACUACUACUGGUAAUACUUACAAGAGAUACGACGCAGUUUAUAUCGCCCUGCGCAGGCGACAGCUGUUCACAAUAGAUCGCACAAAGGCCGCCAUGUCGUGUGUACACUCCUGAGGAGACUUGACAAGGUCUGAAACUAAUGAAACUAUGUAAAUCCCCGGCGCACUGUACAGUUGUUGAUUAUGCAGAAAUUAUAUACCAGUGAAGAUAAUGAAUAUUUAGGACUAUAAGUCAAUGAUAUGCUCUCGAUAUAAUACUUACGUUUAGUUACCCUGUGAACUGCAAGUUCGACAUUAGUUUUUUUUCUUUAUUUGUUUGGUUAUACUAAUAAUACCUCAUUAGCAUGACCUAUCAUGUAAAACUAUUUUUAUUAGUUUAACGCACAGUAAUGAUGUUGAUUUUUGUCUGUUCGAGUACUUCGCAACUUACGGAAACCGUAGUAAAUAAAGCCACAUUACAGAGUACAAAAUAUUGAAUUGAUGUAGUACAGAAAAAUGAUAUUCUUGCAAGAUGUUGUUUCAAUGUUAAUAGAUGUGUAUGUUGUCGUAAAGUGCGGUCUCGAACGGAUCCUAGCUUAUGUUUAGGGAGCACCGUAUUAAGUUUGUUCACUGAAGUACCGAUUAGAUAAUCAACUGUUUAGAAACCACCGUUUCACAUCACAAUAUUUUAUUCGUCAUUAUUUUUGUACGAACUAAAUUUUGGUGUCGAGUGAUUCAAUAAAUGGAUGGAUGAAAAUGUUUCAUUCAUUGAAGGCUGGGCUAAUCCAAUGCUAAGUAUGUAUUCUAAUCAUAUUCAGACAGGAAGCUCGAUAAGCAUACGGAUAUUUAUUGAGUCCAUCACAAUAAAGUUACAAAAUUUAGUUCAGAUGAUCUCUCUACGCCUCCAUAAUGAUUUAUCAUGUUUCGUUUUUGGUGGCGCCUCUGUAUACGACUGCUGCCAUAAGCGUAGCCACCAUUCCUUCAUACUUUCAACUUUAUUGCUGUACUAAUUAGGUGUAUUUUUCAAAAUCAUUGGACUCACGUAAACUGUUAAGUAUUUAUGCAAUAAUUAAUUAAGGUACGAUUGGGAUGACGGUGCAAGCCGCCAUAUUGUACAAUGACGUCAUCCCAGUGUGGUCGUCAGUAUUGUUAUGAUUUUGAUAAAGAUAUACCUAAUUGUGACAGACGGAUACUUUGUGUAUAUUAUUUUUGAUAGUUGAAACAACCACGCCUGAGCCAUUGUACAUUAGAGUACUAGUUGUACGCUGCUUCAUUACUAUAUACAAGAAUAAUAAAAUAAUUGUUUUGAA